AUGGACAAUUUGACUAACUACAAAAAUGACGUGGCCAAGAAAGUGCUGAGCGAGAACGAUAGGGUAGGACCGGAAACCAGCAGGACAGAACCGGCGAUCAAGCCGCAGAAGUCGCACGAGGGAGAAACCUCCCUUGUUACGAAACCGCGAACAGGAAAGGCGCCAACCUUUAGCGAAAUCGCUAAAGGCGCUGGGACCAUGAGGGUAGCGGCGGCUAUUUCAUCGGCCUUCCUGAGGGUGGUCAAGGAAAACACGGGGCCACCCGCGAAAUGUGUGAUUGCCGGUUGGCACCAGGGGCUGCACAAGCUCACAAGUUGUGCUGACGAGAGAUCGGCCAUCUUAUACAAGAAGGCAGUCUUUCUGGUGAGGGAGGCUUGGAAGGGAGUCAGACUGGAGGCCGUGGUCAAAGAGGAUCUUCCUCUUCGUCAUAGGGCUCGCGUUUGGCUGCCGGCCGAACCUUUCACUCCGAGUGAGAUGGAGGAAAUCCUCAGAUAUUGUAAUCCCUCACUUCCAACGCAGGACUGGACAGUCUUAAGGCUGGAGAGAACCGAUGAACCGUAUCGGCAAGCGCUGAUAAUACUAAACACGGAAUCCAUCGGUCCUCUCAGCAAAACAAAGGGAGCCAUAAGCUAUGGUUUUGAGAUGAUAGUGCUGAAAGUACUUCCAUCGGAUGCCAGAGCUGAUGGCCCCCAAGCUGCGGUGGAUAUAGCAAAGGGCGCCGACGAUCAAAUUACCGUGGAAGUCGAUCCGAAUCUCUCGGAUGUGGCGAGUGUUGGGGGCGGUGCGUCGAUUGGCGACUCCGUCUUCAGCCUCGAACAACUGUUUGAGGAGGUUCGGGUCGAUCACGACUUGGGCGCUGAAAUAGCGCUCCUGGAGGAAAGUCUGAAGGAUGAAAUUCCUCCUGAUUAACCUCCAGCAUGCGAAAGCGGCCUCCGCCAAUCUGUUGCUCCUUCUGGAACAAGACGAAGAUGAUGGCGUCCUGAUCCAGGAACCGUGGCUGACUGGUAACGGGAUCGCUGGAUUGAGGGCAAAGAGCCGUAGGCUACUGACGGUCAAGGAUGCAGGUAGGAACAGAGCCUGUAUGCUGGUAAAGAAA